UUCGUCGGCUCGCCGAAAUGUGCCCGGGAUGUGUGAAACGUGGCGUGUGAAGUCGAGCGAUCGCCUCGGGUGAUCCGAGAUGACGCGGGGGGCGACGAGGACGUGUGCUCAAUUUUCAGGGGAAUCAUUCUCGUCUUCCGCAAGCGUUUUUACGUCUCCGUCGCGAUUGCUCCGCGUGUCUCGCCUCCACGAGGACGCGUAGUGGCACCGAAAGUUGUCAUUACGUUAUCUUAACCUCCUGGCAUUGUUAUCUCGCUCUCUUUCUCUCUCUCUCUCUCUCUCUCUCUCUCUCUCUCUUUCUCCCCACGUUCGAUUGUUACGAUGAUGUUUACGCGCGAUUAUCGGUCCAUUCCGGUUUUGGGACGGAAGUGCCGGGUCAUUGAGGAAUGCACGUAUUCUCGUAGAACGCAGAGUGGCCACACACACACACACGGCUGUCGGUCGUUGGCGAACGAUCGACAGUUACUCGCGGAAUUAUUCUACCAUUUAUCCUCAAUUAUAUUUAUUAUAUCAGUCAAUUUGGCGAAGUUAAAGAGCGUUUUAACUUCGCCGCCCGCUUGUGGCGUCUCCGAACUCUCCGACGGGAAGAUCAGUUCAGUUUAAGUUGUUCCUGGUGGUUUUUUGGUGGUUUUUCGUAGUGGAGCGGUACUUGGGAUUCGUGAGAUUUUCUCUUAUAGUUGGUAAGUAGCUGGGAGGAUUGUCCAAAUUACUCCAGCAAGGUAGUAAAUAGCGAUUACUCCUAGCGUAAUCGUGAAUGCUAAGAUAAAAAAAAAAACGCCUUACCUUCCCUAGUAUUAAACAUUGUAUAAUCUUGUCAUCUGCGCACGUAUAAAAAUUAUUAUUUACAUUCGUUUGUAAGCAUAAAUAUACAAAUACGGCCGUUUAUGCAGCUUCUGUACCUUGUACUUUGUAUUAUAAUAGAAUCGUAAACUCAUAUUUAUUUACAAAAUAAUUCUUAAAUAUAAUGUGUUCCACUUUGUGCCACGUGUCCCGCGCACGUGUGCACAUCGUACUUCUAAAGUUAAGUAUCUAAGUAUGAUAUUUAUCCUUGAUGCGUCUACUAAUUGUGUUACAUAUUGGAUAUAUGUAUAUAUUAUAUAUAUCCAAUGUAUGUUUAUAAUAUAUGUAUACAUAUAUAUAUGUAUAUAUACGGCACUAUAAAUAUUUUUAACCGGUCAAAUAUUAGUUGUUAGCACGUGCGGCAAUAAUAAUGGUAAGUAAGUACGGCUAAUUCAAAUUUUUCACUAAAAAAAUAAAAAUCUAAAUAAUUAACAAACUUGAUACGCUACCAGAAACCGCUACUGCAGGGUUGGCUGAUGCAAUACGUGAAAUUAUAUUCACAGAUAAAUUCAAUUAUCUGUGAGCAUAAUGUUUCCUUACACUUAUGGUGCAUCAUGAUUUUCUUCCAAAAGUGCCUUUUCGUAGCGAUGAAAAGUUACCUUCGCGAAUCUUAGAUGUCACUUUUCUUGUAAGCGAAAUGCAAUUGCAGUUUUUUGCCAACCUUGAUGUAUAUAUAGUCGUCCCCUUUUUUUUGGCCUUAUAAGAUUUCGAUAUUUUCAGGGAAUAUUGCUGAUGACCGUGUAUCCGCUAUUACGGCCGUACGAUGCAGAACUUUGACGAUCUUGAUAUAGAGGGACGUAAUCCUUCUCAUUUAUCGGAAGAGGACAAGGAAAAGGAAGAAUAUGAUCGGAAGCGUAUAAUGCGAUGCAGCGUUACCGCCGAAGACGGCGCACUGAGACCCGUGUACUCCGAGACCGAAGAUGGUGAUAUAUGGUGUCAUAUCUGUAACGUUGCCUUAUUCGGGGCCCAUAAGUUAAUAAGUCAUAACUUGUGUAAUCGUCACAAAAUGAAACUGGACGAGUGGCCGUAUCCGGUUAUGCUGUGGUCCAAACGACCGGACGUGACCAAGAUAAUCGCGCCGGUGCAGUCCGCCACUAUCAGCGACACCCUGGCGCCCGGUGAGCCCGUACCACCUGGUAUGGAGGAUCAAAUAACGCGGACCACGUCGAUACAGAUGAGCUUGGACCGUCAUCAGAGCUCACCGCUCGUCGGCCUCGAGUACCUGCUGGAGUUGGUGGACAACGACUCCUGCGAACCGAGUUACACGUGUGUUUUGUGCGACAAACGUGGCGAUCCGCGCACAGUAAUGGCCCACAUUACCAGUUACAAUCACCGGAUCACGUAUCUGAAUAGACACUUUCCAACUAUAUCGCGAGCAAUUACGGAGCUACCGCGUACCCCUAACUAUAAGCGCGGGGCCAAUGAAAUAUCGGUGUUAGUGGCGAGGAGAAUCGAAGAAAAGUUUGGAAGAAUGAAGCCACAAUUGGUAGACAAAUCUCAGUUUGAAAAGAAUAAAAUGCAAUAUAUCAAGAGGGUAUAUCAGGACGUUCAUUUUAGGGAAACACCAGAGUGUACAUUUAUGGAAGUUUACGAUGUGCGAUGGGUGACAAAUUUUGAUGAAAAAAUGGCAGAAAUGAAUGGUAAUAAUGUUAAAAAGAAAGAUUCUCCUGAUAAAAAGAUUGACGACAAAAAUAAAAAAGAAGAGAAGAAAAAGGAAAAGUCACCUAAAAAGUUAGAUUCUAAAGGAGAAACUACGAAAUCGGGUUUCAAAAUGCGUAUAGUUAACAAGGACAAAAUGAAUCUUCGUAAAACCUCACCGAAACCCGUGGAGGAGCACGUAAAAAAAUCACCGAAACGACCCUCAGAUGACACCAAGUCGCUUUCGUCACUUUCCAGUAUAUCUAGCAGUCCCUCGCCAUCCCGUUCGAGAUCUCGCUCGCCGAAUCGAAAUAAAAGAAGAAGUUCCGUCGAGAGAAGCACAGGAAGGUAUCGUAGCGGUUUGCGGCACUCGCGCGAACGUACCCGUGGUCGAUCGCGAUCACGAUCGCGUUCGCGGUCUUUACAGCCUCUUAGGGAACGCGACAAGUGGGAUAAGUAUCGCGAGCAGAUCAGACGCGCCGAGGAAACGUUAGAUCGUGCUCUGAAGUUCCACGAGAAGAAUCCCGAAAAGCAUCCGUCCUAUCCGGACGAGUGGAAGAAAUUCUGGAAUAGACGAUACAAGGAACUUCAAGCCGAAGGUAAUGAUCCAAGCAAGCACGACUUCAAGCCGGAGUGGAUUGAGUUUUGGAACAAGCGGAUGCGCGAGAUUCACAACGAGCAGCUUCAGCAGCGGAAAGAAGAGAUUAGAAAGAGAUUGGAAUUGCCUGAAGAUAAACCGCCAGAAAAGUGGAUUCCACCGAGGCGAGAGCGAGAACGAGAACGAGAGCGGGAACGGGAACGAGAAAGAGAACGAGAACGUUCCCCUACUGCGAAGCGCAACAGGCAUCGCAUAGAAAGCGACGACGAGGUGGAGUACGUUGGCACGAAAACGGUCAAGCCUGAUUAUUACGAUCGGCACGAAGUCAGGGAUCGAGAUUACAUGUAUUCUACGUAUUCGCGCGGAAGAGGAAGCGUAUACAGUCAUAAUUAUCCGUCGCGUACUAGGCCGAUAUAUUAUGCGACGCCGUACCCGGUAAAAGAUAAAUCUCCCACCCCACCGCCUGUCACGGAGGAGGUAUUGACGGAAGAUCUUGAGGUGGUCGGUUUACUGCGAUUGCUCACUGCGCUCGAGGGACAGUUGGGUUCCCUUGGCCCUAAGAUAGUAUCGCUUCUGUCGAAAGCCUUAGCGGCUGAGAAGGCAAAGCCAAAUUCCGCCGAAGAACUGCUAUAUGACGAAGAGGUGAGCGUUCUCUUCGAGACCGUUAAAGAAAAACUCAAGGGUCAGCUGUUUGCGGGCAUGGUAGAGAAAAUGGCGAUUACGGCCACUAAAACGGCUAUACAGAAUAUCGCCAAGUUGCUGCACAAGGCUUCCGAGAGCAAGAAGAAACUAGAAGAGGAGAAGAAAAAGAAGGAGCGAGAACUUUUGGAAGCAUCUAAACCCACGAUCAGUUACAUCAACCGGACCGCGUAUUCAAGACCGGUGGAGGUAGCCGCGCCAGCGAUUAAGUCUGAACCGGUGAGCGUACCGGGUGUCGGCACAGUUGAUAAAGUCGCUAUCGCUCAGCAGAUUGCCGCGGCCCUCGUCGCGCAAGGUAGAUCGAAUGUCUCGCAGGAGGAACUGGAGACUCUGAUUAACGCUGUGGUUGGCAUGGCGGAGGCGUCGAAACACUCUGACAAACCCGUCACGACCGCCGACUUCGUGAAAGGCCUGGCGAAUUGCGGCACUGUCGCUCCUCAGGCGACAGAGCCUGCCAAAACGACGAUCAUCCCGGUCGAGCCCGCGCAACCUAAGGCCCCGAAAAAAAUAGAGGACUUAUCGGACGACGAUCUGAAAAUUAAGUUGCAAAAAUUUAAGGAUUUGAGUACAGAGGAACAGCACAGUCUCAUAAGUUCUCUGAAGAAACUUGAGGCGAGCGAUCCGACGAGAGUCGAGAAAUUGCGAAACUUCGUUAAUCUCGGCAUGACACUACCGUCAACGUCGUCGUUGGCAAUGGGAAAUAUGAAAUCGCCGAGUCCGGAGCGAGUCGAAGCGUCCAUCGGCAAAGGCAGAAAGAGCAAAUCCCCAUUCUCCACUCGUAAAGGGAAUCAGAAUCCACCGGACGAUGAGGAUAAGUGGAAACCUAAGCUGGACAUGUUCGCGAAUGACGAAGAGGACGAGAAGCAAACGAAAAAAGAUAGCGACGACAAAGCCAAGACGAUAGACUUGUCCGACGACGAUGACGACUAUACGUACGAGGAUAUCUACAAGGCGGCGAGCAAGAACGUGAGCGAGAAUGAGAAAGCGAAGAAGUCCCGUGCUUUCUCCAAAUCACCGAAAUCGUGGUCUCGGUCGCGCUCGCGCUCACCGUCGCGAUCGAGAUUGCGAUCGAGAUCGAGGUCGAGGUCGCGAUCGCCAAUGCCGAGGCCGAAGGAAACCGCGAAAACGAAUGACCCGAACGCGAUACUGAACGAGACCAAGCGUCUGAUCGCGAACAUCAUGUGCGACCUGCCGAACAAAUACGUACCGAAGUCGCUGAGUCUGGGCGGCGAGAAAAUCGAGCCGAUACCGGGCGCUAACGAGCCGGCGCCGCCUGGCGCGGUGCCGACCUUUUACAAUCAAGGUUUUCUCUCGAACAAUCAGCCGCGGCCGCAGGAGCAACCGCCGUUGACCUAUCCCAACGUGUCGAGUCAGCAGUUCUCGAGCUACCCACCGCAGCCGCAGAUGUUCUCCAACAAUCCCGGAUACAUGGACAAUAGUUACAAUUAUCAGGGUUACGGAAAUCCGAUUAAUCAAGGCCAAUACGGCGGACCGCCGAGUCAGUAUCCUCAGCAGACUUACGGCUCCUACGGUGCGUCGCAAGCCGCGCCUCCGCCAAGCUACGUUCAGCAACCCCCGUCGCAGCAGUAUGACCCUUACAUGCAGCAGCAGCGGUUCUAUUGAACGACAUUGUCCUGCCUCGUCGGCAGGUGCCCUCGAACGAACAUUCGCGUCGCGUCGCGGCGCGUCAGGUCCUCGCAUCAUUGAAUGUAUCGGUUACGAAGUCCGGAACGAAGCUCCCGUUCUCUUUCUCUGUGCACAAAUGUGUAAGAUGCUUGUGCAUGUUCUGAACUCGCGCUUCAUGUGUCUUUAAAUUUGAAUCGGAUUUUAUUUCGCGACUAGCUAACAACUACGCAGCACUUUCGUUUCCGCGUCUGCGCAAGUGCUUUCGUAAAUGAAAAGUAUUUAAAAGAAAAGUACUUACAUAAAAAUUUGUGAUACCAGAUGUUCUGCCCGAUCAUCCCUCUCUCUAUGCGUGUAUCUUCGUUUGUUUAUUUAUUUGUUACGAAUGCAACGCAUCUCCCUAUCCGUGUAUAAUCCACACAUUCGGAUGCGACGAGGUAAAAAAAUAAUUAUAAUUGUCAUAUCUUCAAAUGAGACGGAAUCUCGUUUCAAUGUAUAAUAACUCGCGAGAAUGCAUCAGUUGUACAUCUGUUAAUUGUUAAUGUUCGAAAUCCUUUUUUUACUCGUUACAUCGAGCGUAUUUUCAUUCAUCACAAUUCGUAUUCGUUUUCGCGUAUGUUUCCAUGUAUUUGCUGCGCGGCUGUGUAUGUGUGUGCCAGUGAAAGUCUUGUUAAGCUGUGUAUAUCGAGAAUGUACGUACGUCGCGUUUGAGUGAAUUUGUACAUGCACGAAGUGAAUGUGUUGUAUACAGCGACUUCGACCAAACGAAAGUAAGUAAAAUAAACAGACUAAUCGCCAGAGCGUGUGCAUCGUCACAACAUAAUUUCACUAUUUGUAAUAUAUCUGAUAUAAGUAAUAAUUCACCAUCGCUUUUUCGUCAUAGACAUUUAACAAAGCAGAUCGUAAUGAUAAUGGUGCAAAGGACGUUUUUAGGUUAAAAUACUUGAUAACGAUGACACGUUUAACAUUUACUAUAAUCAAAGUGUAAUUCUUUAAUAAAUGUCACAAAAAUAGCGCAUUGCAA